AUGCAUCCUGCUGACACCCACUGCAAAUGUCGCAGCGCAUGCAACUGCUGCAAGGUGUCGGGCCUCGCCACGCACGAGAACCGCCUACGUAGUCCAGACCAGUGGUGGCCGCAGCUGUGGUCGAAGUACAGCGAGCUCCAGAAGGCCGAGGUUUUGGGUGGCCUGCUGUGGCAGCUUGCUCCUUCCCACCGCUGUUCGCGGCAAAGCCUGUACGAGCUUGAAGAGCUGGCAAAGCGCCUGCCCCGAAAUGUGCUCCACAUCUUCGAGUUCCGGCAUAGCUCCUGGUACGGAGCCCACCGGGAUGAUGUGGUGAAUCUGCUGCGUAGGUGGGGCUUCUGCCUGGCCUGGAUAAACAUCCGAAAUUCGGACGGUUGGUGUGGCGACCUCGAAGACGGCUGGCCGAGCCUCGCCCGCACAUGUAACUCUGCCUACCUGCGGCUCUUUGGCACCAAGCAAAAGGCAAUCGGCCGAUAUGGCGAGGACAUGAUCCGCGAGACGAUCCUGCCCAUGGUGCAGGGCCCUGGUGCCCCAGCCGACUGCUUCGUUGUCUUCGCCCAAGCCGACGUGCCAGAUCAUGCCAAGGCCGACGCGGCCUUCAUGGUCGAGCUGCUGGGGCGAACCGACUCACAGCCGGGUCGUAGUGCGCGAUGGGAGCGCGACGUCCUGGUGGCGACACUUGGACUUGGGGUUGGCAUGCAGGUCAGCGGGGUGGUUCAGCGCAUCACGCACCGAACAGUCUUUGUGGAUAUUGGCCGCUCCUGCAGAGCGUUUCUGGAUGCCAACCACGCGAGGCGUGCCGGCUUGCUGGAUAGCCUGCGAAUCGGCACUCAUGUAGAGGGCCUCGAAGUCCAGCAUCUGGAUUUCCAGGGGGAAUGGGGGAUUGUUGGCCUCUCAUGCCACAAAGCAGUUGUCAGCCUAGGGGCCGCAGGGGAGGAGGGUGAGGGCUAUUCGGCCCAUGAGCGUGUCCCAGCGGCGGAGAGCGAGGAUCCCAACCACGCGGCCAAGAAGAGCCGAUGGUUGCGUCAAGGCACCGGCGAAUCCUCGGAUGCGUUCUGUGGUGAAGCUGGUGUCAGCGCUGCCGCUGCCGCUGUGGCAGCCCUGGUAGAGGAGCAAGCUGAGAAUGCACCACGUCAGCGCCAACGUUGGGCGCAUCGGACUUUCGAAGGACUGGCUGAAAUUGGCAAGACCUCGGGAAGUCGUCACGUGGUGCAGAUACCCGUGGAGGAGCUUGAAGAGCAGGCUCGUGUGAAGCGGAUGGCAGCCAGGGCAAAGCGCGAUGAACGCACAAGCCGCUGGGCACGUGCCCUUGUCGAGAAAGCCAUCGACCAACAGCAAAUCGCAGACGCCAAGAAGCAGAUCGAGUCCAAGAUGGCCUCACAGCGAACCUCGGCUAAGCGGAGCCGCAGCGAAGGUCCUGCCCCGCGCACCCGGCGUGAGGCUGCGUUGGCCGAGCGCAGCCGUGCAGAGACGAAGAAGGCGCAGGAGGAAACCAUGGGCCGGGCUGAGCGUCGAAAGGGCGCAGUCGAGUCAAAGGAGAUCUCUAGCGACUGGUCGGCGCAGGUGCUGCCUGGAGAACCCGGGAACGGCCCAAUGGCUUUCAGCACCGACGAGUUCUUGCUCAUGCAGAUGGAGCAGCGUGAGGGCGAAGAGUCACAGUGUGACGAGAAGAACUUCGAGACCUUUGGUGACUGCUCCUACCAACAAGGCGAUUGGAACGUGGAGCAGAUGUUCUUGAAUAACGAGCAUGUGGUGACACAGAAGCGGAUCUGGAGGGCCGGCGUGAUGCCCGCUUCACUGGAGCCCGGAACCAGCAAAGUGGGCCGCAACAAGAUGGGUCCUUCGGACACCACAUCCCCUUUGGGGCGCACCGUCGCAAGCUACCCGAGUCCGAUCGAGGCUGACGAAGCUGCUCAGGUGGCGGAGUCCGCUGACGAGGACAUGGAAGCAGCGGAGGAUGAAAACGCCGAGGAGGACAACGAAUGGCAGAUUUUGCAGUCCACUUGCGAGGAGUUGGAGGAGGCUUGGGAGGACGAGAUGGAGCCUCAGCAGUGCCUGCAUGCAGACGACCACCUCCAAGCGCCAUCCAUGAGCGUUCCAACGCUGCCGCCGGCCAGCUCUCCAGCUUGGGUCCCCCGGUUGCGUGCCAGCUCCAACUGCUGGGCCGAUGCUCGAGACGAGGCGGAGGAGGUCGGAGCAGAUCCCCCCAAGAGCAGGAGCACAGGUUCAGCGGCCAAGCCAGGCAAAGUUGUCGAGCACGAAGAGGAGGAGCCACUUGUCUGGCCGGAUGAAGCAGAAGCUCUGGGACAGUCCGCGCCGGAAAACAUCGCCGGUCACGGGGCCCUGACUCGGAAAGGAGGUGACAAGCCCCUACCGGCUCAGACAGAGGAGGCCCCACAGGAGACGCGGUCUGCACCAGAUGCGCAUCGCUGGCAUCACUCAGGGUGUGGUCCUAUCCGGGAGGCCGCAGACAAGGACGAGGCCGCUGAGCCACGCCGCAGCUGGAGAGGUGCCACAGGGCAGAGCAAGAUGGAGGAGACUACCAGCAAAAGUCCGGAGGAGCACUGGCCAGAGGCAUCGGACGACAGCAGCGAGGACGAGACGAUCAUCGCCACCCAACUGCUGGCUGAAGCUGAGGCAACGGAAGCCGAGCCGGAUGGAUCUCGCCACACUGCUCACUGCAUCCUUUGUGGCGUGGCCUACUCUCUGAAUGUGGAUGUCAGCGAACUCGGUGACAACUUCUGCUGCGCAGACCUUGGGAGACGCUGCGGCCAGGACGACGAGGAAGAGGACCCGGGCGAGGUGGACGAGGACUUGGCGGAAGAGGACGAGGAGGAAGCAGCGGAGGAAGAGGAGGAGGAGGAAGUCUUCGUGGCGGUUUGUGAAGCCUGCGGCGCAACUCACAUCGCCAAGAUCGACUUCAUCGGCUUGGGCCUAGACUUCAACUGCAGCAUGAUGGGCGUCCCGUGCGAUGGAGAAGAGGCAUCGACGCCCAAAGCAUCUGCAAGCUCGUCUUCUGCGCCUGUUCUGCCACCACGAUCCCACCUCCAGCAGCUCUCUGCCGAAGAGAAGAGAGAUCUUUUUGCCAGGUACGCCGUGCAAAGGCAGGAUGAGAAGUUGUCGAAGAAGACAAAAAACCUCUUUGCGGGGGUGCGCCAGCUUGCCGACCGCAAGGGCCAGCAGGAAAGAUUCCGCGACAACACUGUGGUAACUCGCAAGGGCGAGCGCUUCAUCAAGGUCGACAUUUCACUUGAUCCUGGCCCAGGCUGCGAGAUCGGAGGCAUCCUUGGCUGGCGAAGCAAGCAGGGCCGACGCGGUCUAGGCAUCAGAAAGAUGACGAAGGAAGAGGCUGACAGAGUCUGCAUCAGCAACAAGAACCGUAGUCACACGAAGAAGUCUUCCGGCGUUGGUGGCAAGAACAUCGUUUUUGAGAACAAGUGGUCAAAGCACACUACUGGUUCCAUGCAGGGAAGCGCAGGCGGAACAUUGGGAAAGCGGUGA